AGUUGAUGCUUUAUAUUUUCCUAUUCCAUAUUUUCAAUUUAUGUUUAUUAGUUAUAUUAUUUACUAUUUUGGGAGAAAGUCUAUAUUAUUAGCAUCCUUCAAUGGAUCAAAUGAAGCAUUAUCAAUAUCAGCAGCAAUGUAAAUAAAGUUGGCUUAAUUAAUGUUUAAUGGAUUGGUGUUGUUUAUAUCUGCAAUAUUUGUCUUAAAUUACGUAGAUUACAUUUUAAAUAUAAAAGAUUAUCAUUUAUGUUAAGGUUUAUUUCUUAAUUAUUAAUUAGCCUAGUUUUUUAAUAUAAUAACAACAGUAGGAUUCUUAUUAUAAGGAUUAUUCUUUUUAUAGAUUAGAUAGUUAACACGGUAAGUAAAUAAGAAUAUAAUGUAAGAUUAAAGUGGAGAAAUUAUAAAAUUUACUGAAAUUGUAAAGAAGAGAUUAAAAUAAAUUUGGUAUUUAUGUUUUGUAUUGAGGUUGCUUGUAAUAAUUAGUAUAAUUGGAUCUUUUGUAAGCAUUAUUUAAAAUAUCUAUUUUGUAAUAAUGAAUUCAAUAUACCAUAACGAUGGUAGGAAAUAUUCAUGUUUUUAUGUUAAUGUAAUUGUUGAUUUAAAAUAAAUUUAGUUUCCAAAUAAUUAGGAUUUGACAAAUCUUUUGAAUUCAAGUCUUGAUUUAUUAGAUAAAUUACUUUCUUUCUUUCUUCCUUACUUUCUAGCUUUAUUUAUUUUCUGGUAGAGAAAGCCUAAAUAAGUAUUUUUAUCAGAGUCUUAAGAAAUAAUAACAGAAAUAUACGUUAUUUAAAGUGAUAGCAAAGAUCAAAGUCCAUCAGUUGAAAGUUAAAAGUUUUGA